GUCCAACAGGCCAAAGCAGAAUAGACCAGAUUUGGAUCACAAAUGACAUUGCCACUCAAACCACUAAAACACAAAUAAUUAACACACAACCCGAAUUCCACAGUGACCACAAAAUAAUUACGCUCUCACUAUCCAACUUCCUCAUUACCAAAAUCCCCCAAACAACCCCAACAACUCGCUUCAAUUACAACAAAACAACUAGCAAAACAUGGGAAACAAUCAAUGAAACUAUCAAACACAAACUGGAACCUCUUCAUCUGGACGAACUUGACCUCCAAUCUUCCUGGAAAACAUUCAACCUCACACUCAAAGAAACAAUGAACAAACAUAUCCCAAAAACAAAAAUACACAAAAAUACUCCACAAAUAUUCUCAAAAAACGGCACAAUACUUCAUAAAAAACUCCAAAAAAUCAAAUACUUCACCUAUAACCUUACUACACUUUCACCCCUUCCAACCGAUCCCAACUUACUAAAAGAACUACAAAAACUCAAACUUCCUUACUCAAACAAACAAGAACUGACAAGCUCACUAAAACAACUCUUCAAAAUCACAUACAAAACACUUAAAGCCGAAAACAAUCUUCAAAAAAAGGAAACCAUAAACAAUAUCAUCAACCAACGCAUCUUAAACCUCCAAGAGAAGCCCAAAAUAAUGAUCCAACAAACUCUAAACCACAAAAAACCAAAGGCGUCCCUCAUCAAAAUCAUCGAUCCCAUCAAAGAAGAAAUUAUUACAGACCCACACCUCAUUCACCAAACCAUAACUAACCACUACAAAAAUGUCUUCCGCAAACGAUCAAUCGACAACGAACUUCUCCAAAAAUGGAACAAAUACUAUACCCCACUUAACAAUAUCAACCCAACAAUAUACGACACCUUAAUGUGCCCAAUCACGGAAUAUGAAAUAUCUGAAACAAUAAACCUUCUUCCAAACAACAAAGCCCCUGGCCUACCAAAUCAAAGCGCAUUCGAACCAAUACAAAUACUCAACUCAAUAUAUAAUACCAAAAAGCUCACACAACAAGAACUCUGGAUUCUUUCACUAGAUAUAAGUGCAGCAUUUGACUCCGUCAAUCUCAACAUGCUCAAAAAAUCAAUGCAUAGACUUCACAUCCCCGAAACCUUCAUUACUCUAUCCGGCAACAUACUUACAAACCGUACCUGCCAAAUAAUCACCGACCACGGUCUCACAAAACAAAUCACCAUUCCAGAUGGCAUCGAUCAAGGAGAAACACUGUCACCACUCUGGUGGAUCAUCUUCUAUGAUCCCUUAAUAACAGCAUUAACCCAACAACCAUCCCAACUCAAACACAACACUAUCGCAUACAUGGACGACCUUAACCUACUUGCAACAUCAAAAACUGAACUCCAAAACAAUCUCAACAUAGCAACUGAAUUCUUCCUCCUAAACGACAUCAAAGCCAAUCCCACCAAAACCAAACUAAUUGUAAUGAACAGCAAAACAACCAACAAACAAAUACAUCAAGGAACAACUGCCAUCAAUCCAACUCACAAAAAAGAACCAAUACGAAUACUAGGCAUCUGGCUGUCUGAACAUAGCAUCCUCACUCCCAAUCGAAACAAAAUAACAGAAGAUUCUGAAACAAUAGCACAAGAACUCAAAUCAAAAUUCACAACCGGCCAUAUGGCAGCAUAUAUCUACAACAAAGUCCUCCUCCCACGGAUCGAAUUCAAACUACAAACAACCUUUUUAACACCAAACAUGCUCAAAAACACUCAAAGGAAAAUUGACACAACAAUCAAAUACAAAUUCAAUAUUGAAAAAACACUCCCUCAAACAUGGUUCUACAAUCCACAUAUAUUCAACAUCAAACCAAUUAACGACCUACAAAACGAAGCACAACCCCAAUACACCACUACCUCUCACAUCACAAAAACUGGAACACAUUUGCCAAACAACUUGCCAACAAAAACCUAUACUACAUCGAACAACUCCUCAACUUCAACAAUAGCAAAAUUACAAACUGGCAACAUAUUUCAGCUAGGCUGGGAUACAAUAUCCAAGGAAAAAUACCUCUCUGGACUCUCCACUCGAAGUCCUACUAACACUCAAACACAAUAUCAACACCACCACAGUUACUUGGAACUAUAUACAAUACUUCAAAUCAUUUACCACACACUUCAAUCUCCAACCCCUCCCAGCUCUACUCCGUACAAUCAUAAUUAUACUACUAACCAACAAAACGAAGGACAUUAUAAUCUUUUCCAAUCACCCCAAAAUAAACAACAAAACCUUUCUACCACCACCACCAAACCACAGGAAAAAAUGCAAACUCCCAUACUUCUCAACUAUCACAAACAUCCACAAUAUAAUGCAAACCCUACAAAUCUCUUUAACAUUUUACAAACCAACCACAUCAAUCCAAAAAACCCAAUCAACAAACUCUAUUCUACCACAAAUAAAUAUCACAGAUACCUUCCCCCUUCAAUAUACACUAACAAACCUACAAAAAAUCCCCCUACCUCCAACCCGAAACUAUCUUAA